ACUAAAUCCAUUUUAAGACAGGUUAGAUUCAUUCGUAUUCAAAACAGAUAUGACUCAUGUGCUACAUGAGAAUUUAUAACAUUGCUAAAUUGCAUCAUAUUAUCAAUAUUACUCUGGUGUCAUACUGCUCUGUUUUCAGCAAUUUUGUCUAAAAAUCACUCUGAAUACCCACAUGAUUUUCACUCUUGUUUAGAAAAUCAUUUUUCUCAACUUGGUUACACUGUCAACUAAUAGACAAUGCUUUCCUUUUUUAAUCAUAAGGUUUGGGUAUGCUGUCUACCUUACCGACUUAAAUAACGUUUUUUAAAACUUCUUUUGCCAUUUCAGGUAUCUUUGCACGUUUUGUUACAAACAAGUCUUGAUAUUCACUCAACAAAAGAAUAUUAGUUUAAGAACGGUUGGAGGAUUUACAAAUUAAUAACACACACAAGUUUUCAUGAACAAGCUCUGGAGAUAUCAUCUGAGUUAUAGUACACAAAGCAGGGCACAAACUAUUGUGUACCAUGCUCAGUGAACCUGCUUCCCCAUACGCAUUUUGUAAAGAUUUGCAGAACCUAAUCAUUGUAACAGAAGAGCAAAUCAUUUCACCUUUGCGCAAAGAGUUAAAAAGAAGUGAUGAACAUUCCGAAAUUUUAUCACUUGAGAUACAAGACGCUGAGGUAAUUUGGUGAAUAUAGUGCAAUUUCCGUUAUAGAAUAAAACUUUUGAAUAUUUAGCCCAGCAAAUUUCAGCUAUUUGUAAUGCUGAUGAAGAUACAGCUAAUGCCAUUCUGCGUGAAUAUCCAAAAUCGGAAGUUUGCUUUCGAUGUCUCGGUAUAAAUGAUGACACUAUACAGGGCCUUCUUCGUAUUCGUGGUAUUGGCUUUCUACAAUUGUUAGAUAUGCCUGACAGUGAAGUGAGAACAAUCUUACAAAAUUAUGGUGAUUAUGGUGAGGAAGUUGAUCAUGUACUUGCUGGUCUUGCAAAAAUACGCGGGAAUAUUGAUCUCAUUGAAAGUGACUUAGCAUUUGAAGAUGAUACCAGGAACUUAAUCAAAUUGGUGAUGCGUUUGUCUGACGAUGAUUCUGAAGUUGAAGAACUGAAUAAUAUCCUUAAUGCUCAAAUUUACGAAGAAAGAAAGGAUCCUCGUAUACCUCCCUUAUAUGUUACUGGCCCUGAAGAUUCUCCUUUUAUUAACAAGGAAAUGUCUGCACAAAACUCGUCUCAUAAAAAUACCAAAGUAGUUGUUUGCUCUCAUUUAGAGCACGAUACAUCCUGUGGAAAUCUUAUUAGCCAUUCCAAUUCCGAUAAUAUUAAUACAUUUAAAACUGGUUGUGAUGUCAACUACAAUGGCUGUAGUUCGUUUACUUCCCCACAUGCUUCCAGUUGUAUCACCAUAAAUAGUCCACAGAAUGUCACAAAUAAAUCUCAUUCCGGAAAAUUGUCCAAAACUGAUUUUAAGACAUUUAAUCUCUUCCCGGGUAUAUCUGAUUCGAAUAUUCCUUCAGAAGUUGAUCUACAUAAUGGCGGGCUUUCAGUACCUUCUACUCCCAUUUCUUAUAAAUUAUCCUCGACCAUUUUAACACCCUCAAAUCUUUUUAAAGCAGGCCGUCAUACACUACCAAAUGAAGUAAUCUCACUUUCUCCCGGUGGGCGUCGAGCAGGCAAUCAUUCGUCUCGAGAUCGCGAGCAUCAAACUCGUCAGGCAGGGACUCCGCCACCCAAACAUCGUUUAAGAUUUUCUUCUCCGCUUCAUCGUAGCAAGUCUCAUGAGUCUAAUCUUGCCAAUCGUAUUAUUUUACCUGCCCUCCCAAAUGUACCACAGUUCCACCAAGAAACAAACUCUUCCUGUUAUAUCAGUAGACCACAACUAUUUUUAUAUAAUCCGAUUUCCCCAGACGCCUCCAGUAAUUUACACAACGAUUAUUUCAAUUAUUCUGAGUGUAUAAAUGGCGGUCGACCGUGUAUAACUACUACUCAAUGUGGUGUAUGUAUUAGCAGCGAUGUUAUUUCAAAUGGGAAUAAAACAGUUUCAACAUUUUAUAAUACUUGUUCCAUUAGUGAUAGUACUUCCACACUUGUCACAAGUCCACGUACCUACGAUCAAGGUCGACGUGUGUCUUGUGAAUAUCGACCAUCAAAGACUAAUUUACAACCUUUAAUGACUACAUCUGCAGAUAGUGAUAAUUUAUUAGGUAUCCUUAAUGUUCCGACUAACUCAGGUGGGGCCACAUUUGUUCUCAGUGCAAGUGGAUUUAUGCACAAAUUCGAAUUAGAAUCUAAAUUUGGUGAUUUUGUUAAAGGUACUCCAUGCGCUGUUUGUAAUAAUCGAAUGCGAUUUCGUCUACAACAUUGUGCUUACUGCAAAAUCAAAGUACAUAAAAGUUGCAUUUCUCAUUCAAGACGACUUCCUUGCACAGGAGCUUCCAGUGGAAAAAACAAUGAAUUACACGAAUUCAAAGGUUCUCCAAAUAUGCCUCGUCAAUUGCAUACAAAUGUUUUAACAACUAGUCAAACAAAUCUUCGUCCUGCCCAUUCUACUCCAGCAUUUCAAAGUUCUGAUUCAAACAGUGCUUCGUCAUGUACAAGUUCUACACCAGGUUCACCAUUUGUCACCGGUACAUCAUUGCUUAGUACAACGUUAGCUGCAUCAUGUUGUACUCGUUUAGACAGUGGUUAUGUUGGUGUUGGUAGUAAUAGUAGUAGUACUACUGGUCAAAUGAUUUCAUUAUCUUCUCCUCCAUUACGAAAUUUAAGCAACAGUGGUGGUUGUAUGUUUAAUCCUUCUAAUCCAAGUCAUUUAUCUUCGCCAGUUAGUAUACAUUCUUACGGAACAGUUAAUGCUGGAAUUGUAACUAAUACACAACAACAACAACAACCUCAUUCUCCUCGACAUUCCGGCCAAUGUUUUAAUCAUUUUGAAUUUCCAAUUGUCAGUCAUCCAAUCAUAGAUAAUCAGUUAGUAGACGGGAAUUUCAAUAAUAAUGUGAAUAAUAAUAGUCCUUUAAUUAGUACUGUGUCGUCUGGAGAAAGUGAACGAACUGUUGUUGACAAUGCAGUACACCGGUUUGAAUCAAUGGAUAGUCAAGAUGAAUCAUCUUUAAUGAGAACGAAUAGUAUUCCUACGGAAAUCAAAAACAGGCAGCUGCACACAAAGAUUAAAAUUGCAAUGAGUUGUGAUCGUAAAUCUAAAUUUAUGAAAUCACCCGAGUUAAGUGUUACCAGUAUAUGGAUCAAAAGUGACACGCUGGUGGAGUUUGAACCAAUCGAGAGGAAGUGUUCAAUUCACAAUUCGACUGGGGAAUGCCGAAAUGCGACAACAUCAAAUAUGAGAUGUAUUUGGUGUGAAAGAGCUAAUAUGUGCCUUAAUAGCAAUGAUAAGGAUACUCAUGAAUUGAAAGUGGACGAUUGCCUUAUUAAA